CACAUAUUUAAUUAUCAUACCUUCUCUCUUUACCUUAAUUUGGAGCCGAAAAAAUGUUGAGGCAAUUGGUUAAGAAGGAACAGAUGAUGCGAAUCUUCAGUUCAUCUUAUGACAGUGCCGUCAUGAAGCGCGUUUUAGCGACACAUGCACCCGAUGGUCGCCAAGUUGAUUUGGAACCACUUCUUGCUGCCAUUGAAGAAACAUUUCGUCAUGCUGUUCUUGCAGAUUUCGAUUCUGUCAUUAUCAUCACUGCACAGGGGGCGCAUAGUGGGAAUAUUCAUGCACUGCCUGGAGACUAUAAGCAAGUUUUAUUAGGGUUUGACGACAUCAUUCAUACAGUUUCUUGCGAGCUUACAUGCAAAUGCUCGGAUGGAACAGACGCACAUGCAUCCACGUUGGCAAUUCUUAACAUGCUUUCGAGUUACUCAUGGGAAGACAAGUUGGUGAUAUCAUUAGGGGCAUUUGCUAUCAUCUUUGGGGAGUUUUGGCUUGUGGCUGAAUUAUUUGCGACUAAUCCUCUUGCUAAAUUAAUCGCUUUGCUUAAACAUAUGCCAAAUGUUAUCAAGCAUUACAAUAUACUAAAAGCUCGGUUUGAUGCAAUUAAUCAACUGAUUAAGGCUAUGUUGGAUGUGACAAAGUGUAUUAUAACAUUCAAGAAUCUACCUCAUCAAUAUAUCCAGGAUGACCAACCACCCAAGUCAACAGCAACAGCUGAUCAUAUUCCCACUGCCACUUAUUGGUCCAUCAAGAGUAUGGUGGCUUGCACAUCUCAGCUAACAAGCCUUCUGGGCAUGAAUUAUGAGUACAUCACAGCUACCUCCGAAGCAUGUGAACUUUCAAGCUUGACUCAUAAAGUUCACAACAUUCACGAGCACCUUAAAUCAAUCCUCGUCCUUUGCUACCAAAACAUAGAGGAAAAGCAACAAGAGGAAUAUCAUCGUACUCGCACACGAAUCGUUGAGGCGCAAAAUGAGGAACAAGCUUCAAUUAACUUGACUAGGACCUCAAGCGAUGUAGGUAUAUUGCAUCAAACUCAAACUCGUAAGGAAGUUGGGUCCCAUGAAGAAAACAAAUCCUCUGGCUCUGUAAGCUCACAUAGCCAAUCUAUGACUGACUUUGGUUGUGGUUCUGGCUCUGGCAUCCCACAUAAUCAAUCUAUGAGUGGAUCUGGCUCUGACUUUGGCUCUGUAAUAUCACAAAGCCAAUCUAUGAGUGGCUCUAGCUCUGGCUCUAUAAUCCCCCAUAGUCAAUCUAUGACCGACUCUGGCAUCUCACAUAGCCAAUCUAUGAGUGGAUUUGGCUCUGGCUUUGGCUCUAUAAUAUCACAAAGUCAAUCAAUGAGUGGCUAUGGCUCUGGCUCUGUAAUUUCACAUAGCCACUCUAUGACUGAAUCUGGCUCUGGCUCUGGCUCUGUAAUCUCACAUAGCCAAUCUAUGACUGACUCUGGCUCUAUAAUCUCACAUAGCCAAUCUAUAAGUGGCUCUGGCUCUAGCUCUGGCUCUAGCUCUGACUUUGGCUCUGUAAUCUCACAUAGUCAAUCUAUGAGUGGCUCUGGCUCUGCAAUCUCACAUCGCCAAUCUAUGAGUGACUCUGGCUCUGGCUUUGCAAUCUCACAUCGCCAAUCUACGAGUGACUCUAGCUCUGCAAUCUCACAUCACCAAUCUAUGAGUGGUUCUGGCUCUGGCUCUGCAAUUUCACAUCGCCAAUCUAUGAGUGGAUCUGGCUCUGUAAUCUCACAUCGACAAUCUAUGAGUGGAACGGGCUCUGGCUUUGCAAUCUCACAUCGCCAAUCUAUGAGUGGCUCUGGCUCUGCAAUAUUACAUCACCAAUCUAUGAGUGGUUCUGAAUCUGACUCUGCAAUUUCACAUCGCCAAUCUAUGAGUGGAUCUGGCUCUGUAAUCUCACAUCGACAAUCUAUGAGUGGCACUGGCUCUGUAAUCUCACAUCGCCAAUCUAUGAACGACACUAGCACUGGCUCUUUUGGAUAUCCACACCACUCAUACAACAUCACGUUAAUUAGGGACGGAGACUCACACUUAAAUACUCGCGUAGAUGUUUUGUCUUGAGGCCAAGUUAUGCUUAUCGAGAUUUUACUGGAAUACGUACCACAUCAAUAUAUUGAUGUUGGAUGACGCUUUCCAAGACAUGCAUAUAUAAUCAAUUACUAUUAAUUAGUUGUUGUUGAUUAAACCUUACGCACGUACAUCAAAUUGUGG